CCCACUCCGGAGCACAAGGUGGCGCUAAUGCUUUUAAAACGGUGGUUACCACUCCGACUCCGUGAAGAAGUUCAGUGGCGCAGUCGGUUCGACCAGUUUCAACAAUGGCACUGAGGGCUGCAUUGAGGAGCAAGUGUGGCCUGUCAAGUCUUCUUGCCCAGCAGUCCUCCUGCAGCCGUCAUGGCAGAGUGUGUGUGUCUCCUGUCCUCGUCACUCAGCGGAGGAACAACUCCACCUCACCUAAGAUAAAAGUAGAUUUCGACCAGAACACAGGUGUGGCUUUGAUGCGCAUGCAGAGUCCACCCGUCAACAGCCUCAGUUUAGAUUUCCUCACAGAGUUCUGCAUCGCCACAGAGAAGCUGGAGAUGGAUAAGAGUUGCCGAGGCCUCAUCAUCACCUCGAGCCAACCCAAGGUGUUUUCAGCCGGGCUGGACAUCAUGGAGAUGUACAGGAAGAGUCCAGAGCACUGCGCAGAGUUCUGGAAAGCUGUUCAGGAGAUGUGGCUGAAGCUCUAUGGCUCCAACAUGAUCACUAUUGCUGCAAUCAAUGGUUCCAGUCCUGCAGGAGGCUGCCUGAUGUCUAUUGCCUGUGACUACAGGAUAAUGGCGGACAACCCUCGCUACAGCAUCGGCCUUAAUGAGACGCAGCUCGGCAUUGUAGCACCUUUUUGGUUUAAGGACACCAUGAUGAACACAGUGGGCCAUCGAACCACAGAGAUGGCUCUGGAGUUAGGGCUGCUUUACAACCCUUCAGAGGCCCUGAAGAUAGGACUGGUGGACCAGCUGGUACCUGAAGACGAGGUCCUCACCACAGCCACACAGACAAUGACCAAAUGGUUGGCUAUUCCAGACCACGCCAGACAGAUCAGCAAGUCCAUGAUCAGGAAGCCAACCAUCGACAAGCUAAAGUGUAACAGAGAGGCUGACGUCCAAUACUUUGUCAACUUCAUCACCAAAGACUCCAUUCAGAAGUCGCUCGGCAUGUAUCUGGAGAUGCUUAAAAAGAGAAAGGGCUAAGGGAGAGUGGGAAACAAAAAAAUCACACUCACAUAUAAGAGCCAUAACAAGAAAUGACAGUGAGCUUGGCGUGCAGUAGCCCACAGUGGGCAAAGCUUUUGUCAUGUCUAACAGAUUUAUCUACAUUCACUUUUUCUAACUGCCUUUUAGACAGAAAUUUCCAUAUAAAUGGGUCUGUUAAUGUGUUCAGCGUGUUGAUUGGUGUGAUUAAAGAAUGAAGGUCAAAAUCA